GAGACGCAACCCUAAUAUCCUCAUGGUCUUCGUCGUACUGCCGGAGGAUUGAGCUCUUCCUCAUUUAACCUUCUCUUCACUCACAUCGGCUUGGGCUGGAAGAGGUAUCUGCGAGUCAUGACAACUCUACUACGACGUCGCGCAUUGCGCGGUCGUCGUGGGAGCCUCAAAGAGUUCCCGGAUAUGCCGCUCGAUAUUCUCUUUGAGGUGUUCUCGCAUAUUGAACCUAUGGAUCUGCUGAAUCUGGCCAGAACGUCCAAACCAUUUGGUGAAUUAUUGUUGCAUCGAUCGGCGGCCUCGCUCUGGAAGCAGGCUCGACAGAAUGUACCUGGUUUGCCUGAAUGUCCCCCGUUCAUGAGUGAACCGGCAUUUAUCAAUUUGUGUUUUGACUCUCACUGCCAUAAAUGUCUUCGUCCGAAUAUACAACCCGUGAUGUGGGCCUUUCGAGUCAGAUAUUGUCGUCAUUGCAAGUCAGGCAUGAUUGUUAUGAUAUCGCAAGUCAGGCAGAUCUUAGAAGCAGCAUCUCCCUUUCGUGCACGCUACGAUGUACGCGAAUUACUGAUUUCAGAAUCCGAGCCAUGGCUUCGUGGUCGCCCACUCUUCAAGUUCCACAAGGCAGAUGUAGAGACUUUAGUCGAAGCCUGGAAAGGGUCAGGUGCUGAAGUACAAGAAGAUAUUCAUUCUUCACAACUAGCCCUCAUAAAGCAAAUGCGGGAUAAUGCGGAUCUCUGCUCCAAGUGGCAGAUGGAUCGCAAGCUCUCUCGUUCUGCUGAAAUAGAUGAACUCAAGGACGCGCGUUAUUCAGCGAUUAUUGCUAAAUUGAGAGAAUUCGGAUGGGGUGAGGUGAUAGACGAUUCACCUUGGAGCGUUUGGUCCAGGCUUCGGGGUGUGCGCGGGGUGAGGGUGCCUAAACAGCUCACAAAUCGCUCUUGGCAGGCUAUUGAGACUUCAGUGUUGCAAGUCAUGGAAGCCUUGAAAAGCGCCAAAAACGCUGUCGGACAUAUCACAGAUUUACCUUCUUUCCCCCAGCCCUCCAACGAUAUGCAUACCCCGGGAAGCGUUCCCACACAUAUGUCGGUCGUUUUUCAACGUCUCCAGCUGCUUGAAGAUUUCAUGUGGUCCUUUCGUUCACGUCCAGAAUUCGAGUCCUGCUUCCCUGGAACGCGUGAAUUCGCUCUGAUGCCAGAGGUCCGGAGUAUACUCGACAAGCCAGAAUAUAUCGAAGUGUCAUAUAACACAUUCAAUAUCUUGCGUCCCUCACUGCCUGGCUUGGUGGAACGUUGGAAGGGGAGAAAACUUCAGGUCCUUCAGCAGCUCGUAAUAGACGAGGUUGCCACUCUGCCGGAUGGAGUCGAUGUUCUCAACCUUACAGCGUUACUUUACUAUCGAUGUUGGUGCUGCUCGGUAGUCAUACGCUACCCUGAUGUGCUCGCGCAUACCUGCAACGCCUGUAAAUGUCAAAGCGGGCUCGAUUACUCAUACGACCUCUAUCACCGUGCCCUCGACUCCAAGCCUAUGUCUUGGACUCGCGACACAAUGCAUGUAGAAACAGAGUCUCUACGCCUUGUUCUAGCCACUAACGCACGGAAGACAUACACUAGUACCGUCACUGAUAUGGAGGCACUCAACAUCUCGUACCCCUUUCAGUUCGGGACUCCGGCUGCGAUCCUUGGAGAAGAGAAUGAGGAGCUCGCUGAUGCUAUCGCUCGUGGAUCGCAUUCCAAUUCUCUCAGCAGUGCAGUUACGUUUCUCUAAGUUGAUGUCGAUGCGCAACUUUAUUCGCAGAUGAGGGAAAGAUGUUACGAGUCGCAUCGGAGGGAGUGAUGAAUCUGGUGAAAAGACGAUGCUGAUGGUAGGUGAAGUGAGGGAUUACGUUUUGGCGUUACGGAUAGCAAGUGUGGGAAGUAGGCGUUGACGGGGGCUCCAGUCGAUUGCAAUGCAGAUGUUCUGAAGGUG